AUGGAUAGGGAACAAUAUGAGACUGGUCGCGUAUAUUGUAAAUGGAGAGUAUCCAGACGGACUAACGAAAUCAGAGAAGUUUGUACUGAGGCGAGCGAGCAAGAGCUACUCGGUAAAAGAUGGGAGGCUUUAUUACGAGGACAGAAUGGCGGAUGGACAAUCUACUCUCUCGCGCUUGGUGUUACAGGGGAGAGAAGAAGUGGAACGUGUAUACACAGAAUGUCAUUUAUCAGCUGGUGGACGAGAUGCUACUAUCGAAAAAAUCAAACAACGAUAUUACUGGUAGCUUCGUCCCCAGACUCAGGCUCACGUGAGUCUGGGGACGAGCCUAACUGGCCAAACUAUUACAAAGAAAUCACAGAAAAGAUCAAAUUAUGUGACAGAUACCAGAGAAACGCUCCUCAACUGCAAUCUGCAGCUUUGCCAUUGCAGCCCAUUAAAGGUCACACAGAAGUCUGGUAUCUUGUUGGCAUGGACCUGAUAGGACCUUUCCAGGAGAGUAAAAAUCGCAUCAAGUAUGUCCUAACAAUCACAGAUUACUUCAGCAAGUACGUAGAAGCUGUCCCAAUACAAGACACGUCAGCAUUCAAUGUUGUAAGAGCAAUAUACAAGGUUUUUAGUAUCGUUAGCAAGUCCUUUGUGUCAGUUUUCUUUUAAAUAGUCGCUUAAGAGUCUGGAUACCAAAACUAGAAAAGCUUAAGUAAUUUAUCUUUUUUAAAAAACUAAA